AUGGUAGUUUAUCAUCGAGAAAAUUGGGAAUUUUCGAGAGAUCUCGAGGGCGGCAUCGCCAUGGACGUUGAGGUUCGACAGGUAGUUCUUUAUUUUAUUUUAUAAUCGUUUUGUUCUUCUUUUUGUCUGAUUGCAAGGUUUUUUUGCGGAAAAAGAUUAAAUAAAGGGAUUUUUUUGUAAAUUGAUCGGUUUCUCGAUUUCUAAAAAAAUGUGUUUUUCUGAGGAGAAAGAAGAUGAAGUAGUUGUAACUUUUCGAACAAAAAAAGUAAAUACUAUGAAUGUUUGAAAAUUCAAUUAUUUCAAACCCUCUUCUUCAAGUCAUUCUCAUUUCAUCCUACUUGAACCUUCCAGGGCUUCAUCUGUCCCUUUUGUAUGGUUGAUUUCGGCGAUUAUCCGCCUUUACAAGCCCACGUCGAAUCGGCUCAUGGCGAAGAAGAAGAAGCCGACCUGACAGAUGCCGUUGUUCAAAAUGUCAAAGGUGCAUAAAAAAUAGAGCGGAUCACGAAAAUUUGUGAAAUAAUGAUCGAAGCCCGUGUGCAUAUAGUCUGUUCAGAGUGUUUUUGAAUGACGUCAUUGCACUUGACAUAAAAAACAGACUAUAAAUAUUUUUGAAGCUUUCGUGAGGGAAAAAAAUUGAAGAAUUAAAACAUUUUCUGACGCGUUUUUACGAACUUUUCGAGGGUCCUAUUCCGACAUAUGGAAAUAGUGAUGAAAAAGGCGACUAAAAAAGUAAGAAGGUGAAAUAUCAAAAUACCAAAGAGUAAGGUGAAAAGAGAGCGAAAAAAGCUACUUUCACCUGUGCAACAUUAAAAAAAUUUUUUUAAGAAAUUUUCUGAUCAAUCAGAAAAAGCUGGAGAUUUUACCUCUUGAAAAAUCUUUGCAGAAUAUUAUCCAAAAUGCAAGAACUUCAGCUUUUACAAUAGGAAUAAUUGAAUUUUAAAUGUUUUUUUGGCUAGUCUUUUCAAUAUACUUCGUUUGUACCAUGCCUCUUUUUUUCGUUAAGCCCUUUUUUAAAAAAAAUCACUUCCUAACAAGCUUAAUUUAUUUCUCUUUAGAAUAGUUUAAUUAGACUUAACAAUUUCAUCAGAAAAUGGAGGAAGCUUGACAAUUAGCUAUUUCAUGAAUAAAUUAUUUUCAAAUUUUCCUUCUACUUAUAUCGUUUCAGAAUUUUUCGGCAAAGCCAAACGAGGGAUACGAAAAUUGGACGCCAGAGUCAAUACGGAAAUAUCAAAUGUGAGGUUAUCACAGUUUCCCGAGAAUGUUUUUUUUCUUUUUAGGUAAAUAUCAGUGGCGUAUCAUCAAGUGUGGCCGAUUUGGCCUCGUUGGCCACGUCGGCCGUGGAAAAGGCCGUAGAAGGAAGCUCGGAGCCAAAGGAAAAGCCGCAAAAUAUUCGAAUCCGACGGCCAGUUUCGCCGGUCCCGCGAGGUUUGUUCAAAGAAAAAGCGGAAAAUUGUGUAUUUUUUCAAAAUACCUUUUGUCGUUAUUUUUAAAUUUUUCAAUAUAUUUUUUCAUACUUUUUGGUAGUUAGGUUUCUUUACUUAGUAAAUGUAAAAAUUAAUCUUCCCGAAACCAAAAUUAUCUCUAAUUCUCCAAAAUCCAGUUAUCUUUUUCACCUUCGGACGGCUAUUUUUAUUUCGCGGAAUUAAUUUAGACACGUCAAUAGUAUAUUUCAUUUUGUGCCGGAUCGCUACGUUUUUCAUUUCCCUACAGAAACCUACAGAACCAUUCCGGGAAGCUUCCCUUCGAGGCGCGCGGCCUGUUUCUGCGCAUGCGCCUUUAAAAUAACGGAAAUUUUAGGCCUAAUAAAAAGGCGCAUACACAGAGCCAGGCCGCGCGCCUCGAAAAGAAGGGUUAUGUAGCAAGUCGGAGCGGAAUGGGCUAUAAACUUUCUCAUUCUGCCUCUCCCUCUUAACAGAACUAUAGCUGAUUCACGGCUGGCUUGAGCUAUCGAAAAAAGGGGCCUGACACGAUAAUGCACGAGAUAAUGCCUGGAUCGUGGAGAGCGCAGACAGGCCACGCCCUCUUAGCGUCCCAAGCGAGCCCUGAACCGACUAUACCAACAAAUUCCAACAAAAAAAAGUUUUCCAGGCGCCACUCGAUCAUCGACAGAAUAUUUCAAGAAAUGCCGCGAUCAAUCCAUCAACGAGAUGGCUAUCAGGACGAAUAUGCUGAUUAUCCGAUUGGACAGGCUUAUUCAUCACUCACCGAAAGAUCCAACAAAGCGGAAAGGUUUCCGGGGGAAAAGAGUGUAUUUUUGAUGUAAAAUAGUUGUGUAGGAGCGGAAUAUAAGCUUUACAAAGUGGUCCUUAAAGGGAGAUGCUCAAGGGAUUACGGCAGUCCCUGGAAGUUUCGUUCUUCAAAGAGGCACGAGGAGUGAAGGGUUGUCUUUAGGGCUGAGGCGUUUCUUAAAACGGCAAAAAAUGGCCUGGCUAGCCAAGCAGACUUGUAAUCCGGUAGAGCGAACUUUUGACAAGUGCAGACUGAUCUCUUCAAAUUUCAUGAUUCCUAUUUUGUAUGAUGUCCAUUUUCUCACGUCAUGCUCCAGAAUUCGAGCGAGAAAUCGUGCCAUGGGUCGACGACUCAGAAGUAGCCGUCUGUCCGUUGUGCGCCACCAAAUUCGGCAUGACCCGACGGCGUCAUCACUGCCGACUAUGUGGCCGCGUAACGUGUCAUGCUUGUAGCGAAUUCCUGAGCUUCCUGUCCGCUAGUAAGGCUGAACCUAUAAAGGCUGGAACCUUAAGAAUUGAUUAGGAAAACUGACGAACCCAGCCCUGGCCCACGAAAUGAUGGAGGUGGCCGCAGCGGCCUCCAGCCUCGCUUCCACCGUUCCCGACGUCAAACCCGUCAUCUCGCCUUCCAACGGACGACGUCGUCUGAUGGAACUCACGCAGAACGCCACCGGCCGCAUGAUGACCUUGAUCGGCGGCAAAAUCCAAGGCUCCCAUUCUGAGGAUUCCAGUGUCAGCUCGCUCGUCUUGCAGGUGAGGUUCACAGGUUCACAGAAAAAAAAGUUGUUUCCUUUGUCUGAGUUUUCGUACUUUUUGUUGUCCUUUCGUCAUUCCAAGCCGCAGGAAGGUAUCUAAGAGCCUUCGACAACAGUUUCUACUCGUUUGAGUCUGAGAUUUUAAGGACGGCUCAGAGUGUCUGAGGCUUUGUGUGACUUGUCUCGCGGACCUGCGCCGCCGAGAACAGAUGAUGGACCAGAGCAGCACCGGCGCCGUCGUCGAGCAGUACAACAGUCUGCACGACCAGCUGGAGGAACUCACCGCCCUCGUCCCGACCUAUGUCAGGAUGGCAAACAGUGUGAAGUUAGUGUCUAGUCGUUGAACCUGAAAAUGAGAAGGGUUGGUCGCGUGGGAAAUGGCUCAGUGCGUUGCGGCCGCUGAGCGGAUAAGUCACUUUACGCCAGCUUUCCGCUUCUAUGCAGUUUUUUUUUGUCUAUUUUUGAAGCGAAUGUUCGAAAAAGCUGUGCGUUACGGUAGCUUUUUUUUCUUCUGCUUUUGGAAAACCUGACCGUCUUGCGAGGUGUAGGAAGUUACUUUGUAGUCGCAGGACCGCGAUGUUUCAAAUUCAUUCUUCAAUUUCGUAACGGCAACGCGUCGAGCCAUUCCAAGUGCGGCCAAGGAAAAUCCGAAAUUUGCAAAUUUUAUUUAUCUAGUAAUGGCGAGACGAUGUAUACGUUGAAAUCGGCGGAGGAAAUGCGCCAGAAAGUUGCCGCCAAGCAGAGGAAUGCGGAUAUUUUGAGGUUCGACUAAAGAAAAGACUGAAAGUGAAACUUUCUGAUUGAAGUAAACGGAUAGCCGAAGGCGGCGAGGCGGAAACUUCGCAUCUUCGCGAGCAGCAGAUGAGGAGGAACAUCCGAAUGGCUGCCCUUAAUGUUUUGCAGGUUUCGAGAAAGAUUUACGAAUCAACUAAUAAGAAAAGAACUUAUUUUUUGGAAUCGUGGAAAAAUUCCAGUAGUAGCCGAAAAAUCAGUAACAAUUUGGAAGAAAAAUAAACUUUUCUGUCAAAUUUUGUUCAUCCAGAGUAUUCCCUAUAGUGGCAACCUUAGGAGGGUCCCCUCUAGACACCACUUUACCAACCCCUAUAAGGGCCACUAAAACUUGCAAAGCAGGCCCCUAUAGGGGUUUUAGUUAGUGGCUCCUAUAGGGAACAUGCUGGUCGAUAAUUGUUACAACUCUAUGCUAAGAAGCAUUUCCAUGCGAAAAACUAAAUAAUUAAGUGUUUCUUGAAUGAAGUUGAAAGGCCCCUAAAGCGACCACUUGGGCUUUAGAGGCGAAGGGGUCAGACCCUAAACUCCUAUAGGGACCACUUUUUCGGCCCCUAUAGGACCUUUCCCGAACCCCUACGGGGACCACUCUGGAACUCCUAAGUAGGGCCCAGUUAGAAAAUUUUUUUUUUACAUUCACAAGACGAGUAUAUCGUUUUCUCUUUUUGGUUAGAAGUCUUUAAUAAACCUUGAAAGUUCGAAUAAAGAAUUUAAAGUUUUCCAGGGCCUAGCAGGCCAGAUGUCCCCCCUGCCGACUGAAGAGCAAUACUUGGAGCUGGUAGAGCGGCACAAACGGGAAAUGGCUCGACAAGUCGCUGAAGCCAGAGAAAGAUCCGCCGCCUCGAAGGCUUUACCUCACUCGGAACGACUGAAGGUACCAGAAAAAGAAAGACGAAGAAGACAAAAAUUAGCAGACGAAAAGCUUGCCGAUGUCAGCGCCAGGUUCAUCUUCGGCUCUGGUCGAGAAAUCGCCACCCAAUGCCAAGAAAAACGUCGCUGAUGAUGGAUGGACGCCCGUUAACACCAAGUGAUCAGAAAAACCCAUUUUGAAGCAAAACUUCGAUUUUUAAGAAGCUACAACCCGUUCAUGGAGGAGACCAACAUGCUUCAUCCCAUGUUCGAGCAGCGAGAUAUUUUGAAAGGGUGAGUUUUGGAAAAGUUAAGCAUUUUGAACCGAGAUUAUCUCAAGAAUCUUUUUCGAAAAGUUUUACAUAAAAGUUUUCAAAGUUUUUAAAAUCCUCAGAAAUCUUUGUCACGCUAUAUCUGUGCAGAAUCUACUGGCAUUUUUAAAAAAAUUUGAAGGUCUGGAAGCGAUUCUAAUGUUGGUUUAGGUUUAGUGAGGCGUCUGCGCCUUUAAAAUCCAAAGAAGAAUAUUAAAAUCGCUUGAAAAUCACCCCAGAAGUUUUUUGCCAAUCAAAUUUUGUGAAAAUGACUCAGUCUUUCUUUUUCUACCAAAUCAUGCAGUUAUCUGGAACAAGCGGCUUCGUCCGGUCGCCUCGAUGAGGUCGAGAUGUUGGAGCGAAGUCUUCGGGAGCUGGAGGAGGAAAUGAGAAGCUUGGGCCUCGAAACUCCGCGCUAA